UCAAACUCCUAAACCCUCAGACCCGUAAACCCCAAAAUCUCAGACCCAUUUUCCUCCCAACCCAAUCUCUCUGUUCCCUCACCCAACCAGACCCUCCUCCACCCAUCACCCUCCACUCUCUCCUUAAUUCCAUCUAAACUUGUCAGUGGCAUUUCAUCCAACACCUUCCGCCCAACCUUCCCUCCUCUCUAAUCUCCCAAACCCUCUUCCAUCUCCGCCAAAGCCCUCACCUCGUCCAUCAAUUCACAUCCCACAUCGCCUUUUCCCUCCUCGAAAUCCAAACCCAAUGCCUCGCCGUCACCAUUGUCGCCGCCCUCCCUUCGCCAAAACCCUCCCUGGAGCUCCUAAAGCAACUCCUCGGCAGCGGGAUUGCUCCGGUUCGGGACGUUUUCGACUCACUGGCUCGUGCCCGAGUGCGCUUGACUGCCCAAAGCGGUGUCGUUUUGGACUUGCUGGUUGAAGAUCAAGUCCAGUGUUUGUACUUUUUAACAUCAUGAUUAAUGUGUUGUGCAAAGAAGGCAAGUUGAACAAGGCAAAGGAGUUUCUUGGGUUUAUGGAGAUUUUGGGGAUUAAGACUACUGUUGUUACUUACAAUACUAUCAUUCCUGGGUUUUGUCUGAGAGGCAGAGUUGGAGGGGCUCAGAUGAUCUUUAGUGCUAUGAAAGGGAGAGGAGUUCAGCCAGAUUCUUACACAUAUGGAUUGGUUAUUAAUGGGAUGUGUAAGGAGAGAAGACUUGAUGAAGCGUCUGGUCUUUUUGAUAAAAUGCUGGAAAUUUGGCUGCUUCCGAGUGCUGUUACUUAUAACACAUUGAUUGACGGUUAUUGCAAUAACGGUGAUCUAAACAGGGCUUUCGGUUAUAGAGAUGAGAUGGUGAAGAAGGGUAUAAUGCCGACGGUGUCAACUUACAAUUUGUUGAUUCAUGAAUUGUUUAUGGAAGGUAGGGUGGGUGAAGCUGAUUGUAUGGUUCAAGAAAUGGAAGAGAAGGAAAUGGUUCCUGAUGCCAUUACGUAUAAUAUCCUGAUUAAUGGGAAUGCAAAGAAAGCAUCUAUCCUUCGCAAUGAAAUGUUGAGUAAAGGGAUAGAACCCACUAAGGAAACUUAUACAUCGCUUUAUGUUUUGAGUAAAAGGAAGAGAAUGAAUAAGGCAGAUGACUUGUUUGAGAAGAUACUGUGUAAGGGUGUUCUGCCGGAUCUUGUGAUGUUCAAUGCCUUGAUUGAUGGUCAUUGUGCUAAUGGGAAUAUGGAGGGUGCAUUUUCACUUUUGAGGGAGAUGGAAAAAUGAAGGUUCAUCCAGAUGAAGUGACUUACAAUACCCUAAUGCAAGGGCGCUGCAGGGCA